UCAACAAGAUUCCAAGAGAGAGAGAGAGAAAGGGUGUGGAGGUGGAGGAGGAGGAGGAGGUGGUUCUGGUUUUUUGUGGGCUUUGUCAGGGGCCUGUCAGACGAAGCCGAUCCAUUUCGUAGCCGUUGGAUCUCCUCCAUCUUCCAUCCCAGCUACCCAUUCUUGAUUCUUCUCCUCCUUCUGACAUAGUCGUCCCCGUGAUUCCCGCCGCCUCAAGUUUUGCUGAGGAAAAGGAGGGCAAACAAAGUCAUGAAUCACUUGUGUUAGGUGUUAGGCUCAGUUGAGUAGUGCCUUUCUUUCCCAUGGUAAUAUACUAAUGAUGAAUAGCCUAAUAUUCAAAAUUUUUCUUUCCUUUCCUUGCUUUGGCCUAACAGAACCUUGGUGAGUCGAAUGUAAUAUCUGUUUGACAUUUUUUUUGGUGGGUCGGUUUCGGGAGAAUUAGAGAUAGAAUCUUUUGUCAUUUGAAUUUUGAUUAUAUUGUUCACUUAAUUAGGUUCAAAGCUUAAAUAAUUUGUCGUUUCAUUCAUUUUAGUUGUGAUUUUACAUGUUUUGAUAUCUUUUUUUGGAUCACUAGGCAGUGAGAAUUUGCUUGGGGUUUGGUUUUCCUCAAGUCCCAUGAUCCUCUGAAGUUUUGCAUUAAAGUCAUGUUGCAGUAAUUUUAGUCUUGCAAUUCAUUAACCCCUUUUUGUCUAGAUAUUCUCUGUCAAGUGAGGAUCAAAUGGAUGAAGUGAACAAAAAUUUGAGAAAAAUUGAUGAUGAUGAUGAUGAGAUUGAGAUUUUGAUUUUUGUGAAUCAUAAGGCGCCAAUGGAUGGAUUCCCUAUUGUAGCAAUCUGCAUCUGUACCACAUAUCUCAUUUUCUAGUUGAACAAUUGUUGGGGGAAUUCAUUUAACACCAGUUGAUUAAUGAUUGUUUCUCAGACAUCCAUCUCUCUCAUUCAAUCGGGGUCAGCGAUUGAGUUUGGUGCCCGCUUGAGAGAGAAGUACCUCCUUGCUGCCACCAUCUCCAUAUUUGACCUUGGAGGUUCCGUGUUUUCUGACUCAUUCCAUGUCUCGUGAGUUGGAUAGUCCCGUUCAGACCCAGAUGGCUGUUGCAGUUCCCAAUGGCCCAUGCACUGGUGAGUACCAUGUGAGCACCAGAACGGAGGGAAAACCUGCUGGAAGGAGGCGUGUUUUUGUUCAAACCGAAACUGGGUGUGUUCUGGGAAUGGAGUUGGAUCGCAGUGACAAUGCCCAUACAGUGAAAAGGAGGUUGCAACUUGCCUUAAAUGUUCCCACUGAGGAGAGCUCUUUGACAUUCGGGGAUUUGAUCCUGAACAAUGAUCUUAGUGCGGUUCGAAAUGAUUCCCCGCUUCUUCUCACAAGGAACUGCCUUCACAGAAGCUCUUCAACUCCGUGUCUCUCGCCUACUGGAAAGAAUCUCCAGCAAAGAGACCAGAGUGGUCCUAUUGAGAUAUUAGGGCGCUUUGGUCGCUUGGCUAGAAUAAAUGAACUGGUUAAGGACAUCGUGACAGCAGUUAAACAUGGUGUUGAUCCCAUCCCUGUCCACAGUGGCCUUGGAGGUGCUUACUAUUUCAGAAACAAAAAAGGUGAGAGUGUCGCCAUUGUGAAACCAACGGAUGAGGAACCUUUUGCACCAAACAAUCCAAAAGGUUUCAUAGGUAAAGCUCUUGGGCAGCCUGGCCUAAAGCGUUCAGUGCGUGUUGGAGAAACGGGGUUCCGUGAAGUGGCUGCCUACCUUUUGGACCGAGAUCAUUUUGCCAAUGUGCCAGCAACCGUUCUUGUGAAAAUCACACACUCAGUCUUUAAUGUCAAUGAUGGAGUGAAUGGAAACAAGCUUCACAACAGGAAAAAAGUCAGCAAGAUUGCAUCUCUCCAGCAGUUUAUUCCUCAUGACUUUGAUGCCGGUGACCAUGGAACAUCAAGCUUUCCAGUUGCCGCUGUACAUAGAAUAGGGAUAUUAGAUGUUAGAAUCUUUAACACUGACAGGCAUGCAGGAAACCUUCUGGUCAGAAAGCUUGAUGGAGUUGGGACGUUUGGUCAGGUGGAGCUCAUUCCAAUUGAUCAUGGCCUUUGCCUGCCAGAGAGCUUGGAAGAUCCGUAUUUUGAGUGGAUCCAUUGGCCUCAGGCGUCAAUUCCCUUCUCUGAGGAUGAGCUUGAGUAUAUAAACAAUCUUGACCCCGCUCGUGAUUCUGAGAUGCUGCGGAUGGAGCUGCCCAUGAUUCGAGAGGCCUGCCUCCGGGUUCUGGUGCUAUGCACAAUUUUUCUCAAGGAAGCAGCAAUUUUUGGACUCUGUCUUGCUGAGAUUGGUGAGAUGAUGAGUAGGGAAUUUCGGUGCAACUAUGAGGAGCCAAGUGAGCUUGAGGUUGUAUGCCUUGAGGCGAGGAGGAUCUUAGCUGAUAGAGAGGUGAUAGUUUUAGAUGCGGAAGGAGGAGAGCAAGAGUUUCAGUUUGAUUUAGAUUGUGAGGAUGCAGAAGUUGAUAUGCCUCCAAAGCUGUCAAGGGAUUACCUGAAAAAAGGGUCAUCUCAGAAUGGGUUCAAAGGUGUGCCUGGUCGAAAUCCUCUCUCUAGACUGGAUGAGUGUAGUGAAGAGGAUGAAAUUGAGGUAGAUGGUGGGCUGGGUUGGGACCAGUUUCAAAAUGUUGCAAAGCUGUCCAUCUCAAUGAAAAAAGUUGGCUUGGGUGAGAGGAACCUGUGGAAUUAUGGUGGUAUACCCAAAGGCGCUCGUGCAGGAGGGGGUACAUCAUCUGGGAACAGAAGGAGUGCAAAUGAGCAGCUAGCGGCGACCACGAGCUUUGUGACCCUUGCAGACAUGAGUGAGGAGGAGUGGAACCUUUUCCUUGAAAGGUUCAAGGAACUUCUUUAUCCUGCUUUUGCUAAUCGACAAUCUGCAACCCUUAGGCAGAGACAGAGGCUCGGAUCUUCAUGCCAAUUUUGAGUUGGUUGACCUAGUGACCUGUUAAAAGCUGAAGAAGAAUAGAAAGUGUUAAAGAUAGCGGGAGUUGGGGAUUUGUCAGUCGGUUAAUUUCACCAUGUUUCUGCUUGGAAGAAGAUAUUAUAGUCGGUGAAAAGCAGGAAAGUAGUGUAAAUAUGCUUAAGAUCAUAGGGGCAGUCAUAUCUAGGGAAGGAGUGACGAUGGAUCACAUCUAUCCUCCCUUUUAUUUCCUUUCUCCCAUGCUUUGUUGUUUUAUUUGCUUAUUGAGUUAGAAGAGUCUUAGAGAACACUUAGAAAAGGAAAAGAUUAAAAGCCAAGUUAUAUUUUUGUUAUAGAAUAGAAAAUUGAUAGUGUGUAGUGUAAGUGUAAUGUUGGACUUGUUUUGAGUCAUAGUUGUGUAUUUUGCAUUGGACUGAUCGAUGUCAUGUACCCAGGUUUUUUUUUUUUUUUUCCUUUAUUAUAAAUUGCCUAGUAUAUCUGGAA